CAAGGCUGCUGCCUGCACACACACACACACACACACACACACACACACUCACACACACACACACACACUCACACACACACACACAGACAGACCCCUCAGCCCGGCUUCACCAGAAGAAGUUCAGAGAGAAGACUGACCUCAAGAAGAGGAGUUGUGUGUUUCCCCUCUAGAAGAACUUGCCUCGUGUUUACAGCCUGAGGGAGGAUGGAGAAGCUGUCAGAGAAAGACAAGGAGCUGAUACGAGGCAGCUGGGAGAGCCUGGGCAAGAACAAAGUUCCUCAUGGUGUCAUCAUGUUUUCCAGACUGUUUGAGCUGGACCCUGCGCUCCUCACUCUUUUCCACUACACUACAAACUGUGGCUCCACACAAGACUGCCUCUCCAGCCCUGAGUUCCUGGAACAUGUCACCAAGGUGAUGCUUGUGAUCGAUGCAGCAGUCAGCCACCUGGACGACCUUCACUCCUUGGAGGACUUCCUGCUCAACCUUGGGAGGAAGCAUCAGGCAGUGGGAGUCAACACACAGUCAUUUGCUGUGGUUGGUGAGUCCCUUCUCUACAUGCUGCAGUGCAGUCUGGGCCAGGCCUACACGGCACCGCUGCGGCAAGCCUGGCUCAACAUGUACAGCAUCGUGGUGGCAGCCAUGAGCCAAGGAUGGGCCAAGAACGGGGAGGAUAAGGCGGACUGAGGCGCACAGCAGGGGGCUGCUGAGCAGCUGCUGUCACAUCACUCAACAUGGUUGUCCUGGCAUAAGGUUGUGUAACUUGCAGCACUGUGGCUUUGGCUACUGUACAUUUGCUCUUUGAGAGAGGUCGCAUAGAGUAGCGAAUGUCGGUGUGGUUAAACUUUACAAUUGGGUCGACCAAUCGCAGAGUUUGUUUUCUUUGCUGUGGAUGUUUAGCUACCAGACAAUGCUGCUGUACAGCUGUGAGGAUCUGAGCCAGCCUGCUUUGGUUCUUCUAAGUCUGGACCUGUAAUCUCACACUGAGAAAAAGCAACAAGGAUAACUGUUGAGUCUCUUUGUAUAUAAUGGCUUUGAUAUAUCUACUCAAAUAACAGUGGCUGUAGUGGUCUUUGUGAUGUAUCUUAAAAGAGUUGCACAAUUGUGAAACACUAGAUAUUAUAUUUAGGCAUCACACACUACUUAAACUGUGAUGGUUACUGUGGCCAGCGCGGCAGCUCUCUAUCUAACUGGAACACAGUGAUUCUCUACAAAACAUGAUAGAAGUUUUGGGACAAAGCAAUGUGAUUUUACAGAAGAAAAUCCUACCACCUUAAUCAAAAUCAUACUGUGUUUUCUAUUGAUAUUACACAUCAUUACUUUUGUGUGUGACUUUGUUAUCUAAUAUUUAUCCUAUUGAUCAAAAAUGAUAUUCAAUAGAUAAUGACAAGAACUGUUAUACUCUCUGAUAGCUCUCUUCAGACAUCUAUGACUGUUAAGGCGUCCAUGUGCACCUUACUCAACAUGGUGUGUGAUGCUCUCCUCAGUAGAGGUUGUGGUUAUUUCAAUAGGCUUCGGCUGACUGUUAAACUCUAACUAAUAGACUGUUAUGUUAACUCUUUACUUUAGAGUAAAGGGCAUCUUUGAGGAAUUAUCUUUGUUCCUUGGCUCAGUUUCUAGUCAUCGUUAGUAUAAAGUAGGUUUCUUGUACUGUAGUCGCUUAUCUCAGUAAUGCUUAUCAACUGUGUUGUUGUGACUACAAAUGUAGUAUUACCUCAGCUUUAGAGGUGAGCAGAGUGGCCUGUGUUUCUCCAACACAUGGAAGUGAAUAUAUAUUUUGGAUUAUGAAACAAAGACAAACUUAACUGAUGAUGAUUUAUUUUCCUUUUAAUUUAUUGACAUAGAUCAAAUAAUACUGUGUGAUGACACUGUCCAAUAUGUGUGUGUUAUUAUUAUUGCUGCCAUAACACUGUAUGUAUCAUCCUCAGCUGUUAUUGACAUUCAUUGUCAUAAUGCCAAGUAACUUAGCAACAGUGCGCCAAGUAUUAGAUAAUAACACCAUACAACUGUAAAUCCAAGCUGCUGAUUAUGUGGUUAUUAUCGCUUUAGUCUGAGUUUACAUUUACAAAGUUUAUUUUUAUAUUCUGAAAUGUACGUGUUGUGAAAGAGCAUUGAUUUGUUUCUUUUUUUCAAAUGUGAUAUGCAGUAUAUCCUCCAGAUAUAUUACCAUGUGUGGGUUUCAUUUAAUCAAAAUAAUAGAGAUACUUAGAGAUAAACUUCUAAAUGUGCAAUCCUUACGGAAAAUUAUAAAAGCAGAGUUUUCUAUUGAACUAUCUUAUCCCUGCAUAGUCGGUUGAGUCUGUACUUUCCAGCCCACAGGUGUAAUGUUAUUAACUGACUGUGUAUGUGGUGUAUUUAUAGUGAUUCUUUUCUUAGUGUCAGUACACAGCCCUAUGCAGGUUGUUGUUCUCCACGUCUCUGUUUUCAAUUACCUGACAUUAGGUCUUUUUUUAGCAGGCAUGUCUGAUAACUGGCAUGUUAUCCCGUUAACAUCCAGCUCUGUACAUAUUGGGUGUGUCACUGUCUACCUCAUCAUUAUCAGCUGCUAUUGAACAGCGAUGACUUCACCUAGUUAUCCUUCAACCAAAAAACGCACAGUGUUAUCAGAGUUAAUGCAAGCACGCACUCUUUGUAAACUGGAUUCCAUCCUACACUUUAAAACAACAUGUUGUGUGCUUACUUGAGACUAAAUAAAGUGAUCUUCUGUGGAUAUUUUACUGCUGAA